UCAAGGCUUGGACACGGUGGAUGCCAAUCUCUACUCGCCGCACUUGGCAUAUCGCACGCUACAGUGGAGUUUCACGAGAGUGAUCCCGAUCACCAAGCAUUGCGCAGAAGCAUAUUCCACACAGCGUUUGCCUUCCACCAUGACAAUCGGUCCUUUCACAUGAGCGUUGAGAUUCAGGGCAAGCUUCACCGCCAUCGAGAUCGUCUGAAGAAUCGGGUCCAGCAGAUGGGGGUUCCUGAUUUCUUCAAGCGAGGCCAGGGAUUCAGCGAGAUUCUCGUCCACCCCAAUAGCGGAGAACAUUGUGUCCCUCGCCGACUAAAUGCUCUUGCUCAAGGCCUGCCAUACGCAAUGGUGCGAGAAAACAUGCUGCAAACAUCGGUCCAGCUUCCGAGUGCCCAGCCGGUGUCUUUUCAGGAUCUGAGUGCAGGGCAUAGCCCUAGUUCGGUCACUCUACCAAAGCUUCGAUAUCUGUCCUCGGCCUCCACUUCGAUCCCCAAGGGCGAUGAGCCCAGCACGCUGCCUCUUGGGAGCAAGUGAGUCGACGGGGGUAGUAGGGCCACCGCUCACAGUCGAUCGACUGUGCUUCAAUCCUCGCAGGCUUCCUCUAAACCAUCGUCAGAGCACAGCGACAUCCCGAGUACUGCCAAAGAGACCGUAUUCAUUCUCUCGCAAUUCUCACUCUUCCUGGUCAACGCGCGGAUGUUUGCCAGUCUUCUGAUUUUCUUCGUCGGGAAGCAUCAGAGCAAGCAGAAACAGAUCCAGGAUGCGAAGGAUCACGACUUCAUUGGGGGCAGGGGCAGGG